UCGAGACCUCACCUGGAAACAUUAAAUAUUGACACAGUGGAUUUGUACAGCAUUAAGCAAUAUUUAUUAUUAUAGAUUAGUCUGCCGUUUAUUUUAUCAACUGCAGAAGAGUGAUUUGUUUUAUUAAAACUUUUGUCAAUACAUAGUGAAAAACGUCAUUGGAAUGGAGCUUUGACUAAUGAUUAAAAAACAGAAAGCAAAUGAAAGCAACUUAAUAAAAAUUUUAAAUACACAUAAUCAAACUAUAAAAGCGGUUCAGUAUCAUUAAUAAAUUAUUUUAUUGUUGAUUAAAAUUGUAAGACCUCACACAAAUAAAAUUAACAUCCAAAGUUUGCUAUUUAAUCAAGAAGAAAACCUGUUUUGGCUAGAUGAUAUGAUUUUUUAUGUUUUAUGUUAUGCUUAUAUAAUAUUUUGUUUAUGUCGUUUACGUAAUUAUUUUCUGUGUUUAUUUCGCAUGAGCCAUCAUUUUUUAGCAUGAUACAGAAAUAAAACCAUUUCUUUAAGGGAGCAAGGAAAUCAUCACAAGGCUUGCCAGGUGUGUCCCAGAGACAGAAGAGCUGAGAACCACCAGCACACGUCGGUGAACUACAGGAUAUCAGAUCACUCUCCGUCUCAGCCUACGCAGCAGCAGCAGCAGCAUGAUAAGGUGUGGCUAUUUCAAAGUGACGGUUUUAGCCUUGGCCACGGCCUCGACCCUGCUGUACCUGAGCUCCAUCAAGAAUGAGGUCCAUACCCACUCGGAGAGACUCGAGACGGCCCAGCACAACGAUUCCAUCAGGGGCCAGGGGAUGCUCAUAAGGUUGGACAAGAUGGAGAAGGAUAUAAACAGGCUGCUCGGUGUGAUCGGCAAGGUUGAGAUGAAGGUAGCAGCGGGGCAGAAGGAGGCAGAGGUGAAGAAGGAGAGGAAGGUGGUGAGGAAGCUGUUCCCCAACUCGUACCUGUUCAGUAAGUGGGGACAAGAGCUGUCGGAGGAGGAGCAGAGGGAGGCGGAGAUGCUGUUCAAGAGGUACGGGUACAACGCCUUCCUCAGUGACCGACUCCCCCUCAACAGAGAGAUAGCUGACACCAGGCCCCCCAGAUGUGCUGAGAAGAAGUACCCAGCUGAUCUGCCCACCGUCAGCGUGAUACUGAUCUACCUGGACGAGGCUCUGUCUAUCCUCAAGAGGGCGAUUCGCAGCAUCAUCGACAAGACGCCGGCUCAUCUCCUGAAAGAAAUCAUCCUGGUGGACGACCACAGCAGUAACGAGGAUAUAAAGGAGAAACUGGACGACUACGUCACCCUGAUCAACGAGGAGCGUCCAGGCCUGGUGAAGAAGGUCCGGCACUCCGAGCAGCUUGGCCUCACGCAGGCCAGACUGUCGGGCUGGAAAAACGCAGUGGGGGACGUGGUGGCCAUCUUUGACGCUCACAUCGAGGUCCAUGUGGAAUGGGCAGAGCCGCUGUUAGCUCGCAUUAAGGAGGACCGCACCAUCAUAGUCACACCGGUGUUCGACAAAGUCAAUUUCGAUGACCUGACGCUGACUCCCUACGAGUCUGCAGCCGACGCCUUCGACUGGGCUCUGUGCUGCAUGUACGUGCCCUUCAGACCAGAGUGGUACGCGCUAAAGGACGAUACGCUACCUGCCAAGAGUCCCUCCGUCAUGGGGAUUCUUGUAGCCGAUCGCAAGUUCUUCGGCGAGAUCGGGAGCCUUGAUGGUGGGAUGAAAAUAUAUGGCGGUGAAAACGUGGAGCUCGGCAUUCGGGUGUGGCUCUGUGGAGGCAGCGUGGAAGUCAUACCUUGCUCUAAGAUCGCCCACAUUGAACGAGCAUCGAAGCCUUACCUCCCGGACCUGAGUGUCAUGAUGAAGCGAAACGCACUGAGGGUGGCCGAGGUUUGGUUGGAUGAAUAUAAAUAUAAUGUAAACAUUGCCUGGAACCUUCCUUUAGAGAAUCAUGGGAUAGACAUUGGGGAUGUGUCGGAGAGGAAGAAGCUGAGGAAGAGUCUGAACUGUAAGCCGUUUCAGUGGUAUCUGGAUAACGUUUACCCCUUGCUGGACCCCUGGAGUGACCUGGUCGGCUAUGGAGCUCUGCAGUAUGACUUAAAACCCAACCUGUGUAUAGACCAAGGCCCAGUUCCCGGGAACACACCAAUUAUUUAUCCAUGUCACUUCUGGUCGCCUCAGCACUGUUAUUAUCGCACUAAUGGACAGAUCUACAUCGGCAGAAUCAAAUCUCACAAGUACAACAACCGCUGCCUGGUGGACUCGGGCUCUGGAGCUCCCCCGGGGCUGUACGACUGCAAAGUGGCCAAGCAGAAGAAUUUCCCCAUGCUGUGGGAUUUCAAACAGGGCGAACCGAUCCAGAACAGAGACACAAAGAGAUGUCUGGAACUUGGGAAGGAUGAAAACGGCUACUCCAAACUGGUUGUUCAGCAGUGCACUGGGCAGAACUGGAAAAUUCAGAAUCUCGUCGAGGCCCGUCUGCUAGGCCCUAAGAAGACGAUAUGAGAAAUGAGCGUUUACUGCUCAAAAACAACAAACCAGAACAACCUGUUGUGCGAGGCGGUGGACUAGUGGCAGAAACUUGGACUAUGGGCAGAAAAGGUCUCUGGUUCGUCUCAACGGAGAAACAACAAAAAGACGAACCUGGAUUGACCUGUCCAAAAAUCCAAGAGGAUUCUCCCUACCCGGUCUAGUGCCCCUGAGCAAGGCACCUUACUCCCCCAACAUUAAUCUUAAUCUUAAUCUUUGCUUUGGUUUCGAGGGUGAAGUCGUGAACUGGAGCCCAAGAAGUGAUCAGUUUUUAUUAUACGGCUUUUGACACUGAUAUAUCUAUCUAUCUAUAUAUAUAUAUCUGAACUGCCACAUACCUGAACUGCCACAGAGCAGUAGUGAUUUUCAGUUUUUGCUUUGCUUUGCAUAGGAAAGAGCUUUUCUGUUUGAAUUUCCCACCAGGGCAGCCUUCCCCUUCCCGCCCGUGUCAGCCUUUUCCUUUCACAGAAUAAACGGCAGUUAUCAAGAGGGCACUCAUACAUUUUAUAAAUAAAUAAAAGGCCGACAAUGUUUAAUUAGGGUGGAGUUUUUAAACAAACAUUCAAGUCCACAGGAUCCGUUGUGGUUCAGUCAGGAAUGAUCAGCGAUGAAAGUGUCCCAUCGUUUCUGCCACAUGACGCAGCCCCUGUCCUUAAGGUGAGCCGGCAGCGAGCUGUACCUGCAGGAGGGAGGAAGGGCUCAUGAGGGGGAACCACCAACAGACGAGGCUGAGACACCACCACAAUUAAACAAAUAAUAAGUCUGUUUGUCCUCCGGCUGGAUCAGGAGGCGGAUCCAGGGAUUAUUUUUCACUUUCUUGUGUGGCAUUAUUUUCAGAUUUCUCACAGAAUCCUUCAUGGAUAUUAAUUAAAGGGUGCAAUUUGGUGCGGAUCCAAAUAUGGAUGAAGAUGAUGCCUUCAUGAUCUGCAUUGUUUCUUUGCUUUAGCGGUGGAUUAAUACACAUUCUGAGCUCCAGUGUGUAUUUGGGGCAGCAGGGGGAUGUGGUUUACAUCCGAACACAAAGUGUAUGUGUGUUUAUGGUAAUUUAGGAACUUUGCGAAUUGUGUGUCUCCUGCAUUUUGCUCCAUGGCACAGAAAAUAAGUUUUGAGGUCAAUUCCCUGAUUGUUUUUGUCUUUUAAGGGGUUUUGCUGAAAUAUCAUAUCAUAUCCCCAGUUAACACGUUAAAACCUGUUGAUUCCGACCUGAUGGAGUUGAGAGCCAGUUCCUUCAGAGUGCCCAGGUUUGCUUUCAAACCUCCGAUGCCCACAAAGGCUUGAUAGAAGUCGUAGGAGAGGCCUGUGGUGCCGA